GAAUGCGCAAAUGGCGUGGUCGUUGUGUUUGCGCUUACGUCGGUGCCAUUUUUAUUCAUGUUAGGGCUGUCGCUCUCUUGAUGCGAAUGGACCAUUAAAACACUGGGAAUUCGAUCAAAAUGACGACCGUGUCCACUACCAGAACACAGUCGGAGUACAUCCAACCCACCACCACAACGCAGGGAGACAAUAGCGGCCAACAACAACCUUCUCCUCUUGCUUUGCUGGCAGCAACUUGUAGUAAGAUAGGAUCUCCGCCCGAGGAAGCUGUAAACACUGCAACAACCACCGCCAUCCGGUUUGUGGGGCAGAAUCAGGGCUUCCAACCCGCGGCAGAAACGCAAAUUUGUGUGGGAGCCAACGGCAUAAUAACAACCAUUCCAGCUGCACAACAACAGCCACAAUUCCAGACCAUCUCUGCUUUUCCCGUUCAGAUUGGCGCACCUGUCUUGCAGCAGCAGCAGCAGCAGCAGCAGCAGCAACAACAGCAUGUGAUUGAGACGAACAACAGCAAGCAAGGAACGACCGGCAACACAGCUAACAUCCUGAAUUGGAAUCCCCAGCAGCAGCAGCAGAUCAUACAGCCGGCCCAGAUCUUGACAGCUGCAGCAGCAAAUUCUAACACCAGCAAUACUGCAGCGGGGACAGGCGGUACCUUCCAGUACAACAUCAUCCCGCAGAUUCAGCUAGAUGCAGAUGGCAACAUUAUUGCCAACCAAAUUGCCGGUGCCAUCAACCAGUCACCAACCAUCAUCCGAUCUGCGGCUCCGAACAUCACAAACCUUGCCUUUCAGAAUGGGCAACUCAUCCAGACACAAACAAGCCCAGUUGUGCAGAACAUCGCUACUACACCCCGAGUUGCCUCACACUCACAGCCCAUUACAUUUCAACUGGCACCCAUGGUUAACACUGCGGGUAACAUGACAGAACAACAGCAGCAAGUGUACAGCAUAGUGGCUGCAUCACCGAUGCAGCAAGAUUUCACAAAUGCUGUUCAGAUUCAACCGCAGCAGUUUCAAGCACAGCCGCAGCAGAUAGUCACUGCUGACCAGUCGUUGCAGCAUCAAAAUCAACAGCAUCAUCAACCACAGCAGAUUUCCGUGGCACAGGUUGUCCCGCAACAACAGCAACAAUUGCAGCAACAACAGCAGGUUGUCAUUCAACCCCAGCAGUCAACUGCAAUUCCACUCCAACACCACCCACAGCAGAAUGCAGUGACUUUACCACAUCAGCAACAACAAAUCACAAAUAUUCAAGCCCGCUCAUCACAACCACAGCAGCAGCAACAACAGCAGCAGCAGCAGCAGAGCUUCACCGUCCAACCCGUCCAACAGACUUACACCAUCCAACAAGGUACCGGGUUGCCGAUCAUCAACACAUCAGCAGCACAGCAGACUAUCACUAUCCCAGCCCAGGCUGGGACCGGCCAACAAGCCAUCCAGAAUAUCAUCCUGCAACCUCAAAACAAUGUCCAAGCCAUACAGUUGCCAGGGCAGCAACAGAUGGCCACGAUCCUACCCGGUUCUAUCCUAACAGCAGUACGUUCCCCUAACAACACCUUCAACAUUCAAGGCUUACAGAUACAGGGCCUAAGCAUCCCUGGAGCUGUGUCACAACCACAGCAGAUUUUAACCACCACUGCUGGUGCUGGGAGUGUUGGUUCAGUAGCUGCAACGCAGACUGUUACAGCACUGCCCAAUUUCAGCCUGUCAACUGGGGGUAAUUUGGUGCCUAUGGGAGUACAGAUUCAACAGAUUGCAACAACUGCAGCAGCAACAAAUGCAAGGCCAGCAUCAGUAACAGUCUCCCAACAAGGUAAUGUCAUCCAGGACAAGAAGUGGCAGGGACAGAGCCAGGUCAUAGCCCAGGUCCAGCCUAAUGCAACUCUCAGUAUGGACAACUCAUUUGGGUCUGACGAGGAGGAGAACCAGAACCAAUCCACACAACAGCCAGCACAGAAAAGACUGCGACGGGUGGCAUGUACAUGUCCAAACUGCAAAGACAGUGAGGGGAGGAAUUUGAAUGCGGAGGGUCGCAAGAAGCAGCACAUCUGUCACAUCUCCGGUUGCGGCAAAGUGUACGGCAAGACGUCUCACCUGCGAGCUCACCUGAGAUGGCAUACAGGAGAGAGACCCUUCGUCUGCAACUGGCUGUUCUGUGGGAAGCGGUUCACAAGGUCGGAUGAGCUACAGAGGCAUCGUCGGACGCAUACAGGUGAGAAGCGCUUUUCCUGUCCAUCUUGCUCCAAGCGCUUCAUGCGGAGUGAUCACCUGUCCAAACACGUCAAGACGCACACCAAUAAGAAAGGGAAGGAUGAUUUCGAUGAGAGUUCUCCCAAAUCCGGUGCAACUGAGGAGAUCGUGGUUUCUACACCGGACCAGGAAGCACUGACUAACGCAGUGGUCUUACAGAUGGGUGAACACGCACUGGAUACUAGUUAAUGAUAUCCACCCAUUCAGUAGAUUUGUUGAAAUCUGAUUUUUAUGAAGACAACCUCUUCAUUUGUAUUUUGAGAGUGAAAAACUGGGAUGAUUGGACUAGGGAGGUUUGAUAGUGGAAUCAGGUUGUAAAAAUUGCGAAGUCUGGAAAAAGUUUGGUUUCACCACGAAUUGAAAUGGCUGAGAGAACACACGAUGUGUACCUAUAGUGGUCACAAGUUCAUAUUAUGAUGUACUUGUAUUGCUUUGAAAAACAGUCACAGUCCAAUAUUACAGUAAAGUUUGUUGUGCUGAUGUCUUCAAAGUUAUACAACAGUUCCCCCCCAAAAUCCUACUUUCUUAUCACUUUACUCCCAAAUUGAUCAAGUUUUGAAAUUUCAAAUGAUAGUUGUUCUCUAUUCUCUGUACAUAAAUGUACAAAAUGUACAUUGUAUUAACAUCUCUGUUUAUCUUAAAUCAAAAGCUGAAAUAUUCAUAAGUACAUUUUUAUAUACUUGUAUAAAAGAAACCAUUUGUUGCAAGAACUUGCCUCAAACUCCAUAUUAUACAUCUAGUGACUGUACAUAUAGUUUUGUUAAAAAGCACGUGUGUUGCAUGACAGAAAUUUUUUUUUUUGCUAUGCCAAAUGUAACUUUAAAUUUCUGAAUUAAUCAUGUACUCGAUAUGAAACAGUGCUGAAUCCUCCAAAAUCCUCUCAUGUGCUGAACACAGUGGCACCUCAAUUCUAAUUAUUGUUGGACUGUGCCUUUCUAAAUCCUGCAAAAUCUUGCAAACCCGGAUGGCUUUUGAAGGAACUUGGGGGUUAUGCUUAAGAUUGAUUACAAGUACCCAACCCGUUACAAAAUUCUUUGUGAUUCAUUGUCUGUGUUUUUUCCUGCUGUAUGUUUUUCCCUUGCAAAAAGGGAAAGCUGAAUUGUUUUUAAAGGUACAUAUAUACGUACCCAUUUGAUUUUAAGACGUUUUGUUCUUGAAAACGAAAAGUUCAGUCCAUUAAACAAAAAUAUAAUUUAGGCUCAUCUCUGUGCUCUUUUACUACAGAUUUUAUGUGGGAAGUCUUGUACAUAUUUGUAUCAUGCUAACAGUGAAUUAUUUAUUUGUAUGACCUUUAUCAAGGUUUCGUUUUCUUAAGAUGGUCACGUGACAUUAUGGCAACACUGUAAUUUCAGUGUUUUUUAUUGGUGGUUUUUGGUAUUCUCUGCCAUGGAGGAAGGAGUAGACCCUCCAUGUCUCUACUAAGUGCAGUCCAGUUCUUGGCCCAAAUUCAUGGAGGUGUUAUGAAGAAAAUAUUGUUUAAAACCAGGUACACUGUACCAACAAACAUAUCCAUACCAUGGGAUCUUGGUCAGUAACUUGUUUAGGCUAAUCAGCAAUUAUUUGCUGAGCUCUGCAAGGAGUGCCAUGGAAUUGGCACCUGGUUAAUUCACAACAAUGUAAUCCUCUAUUAAAAAUAUGUAUAUUACCUGGAAAAUGUAGAUUACAUGGUUACCCAUCCUGUUACAGAAAACAAUCCUUAUGAAAAACCUA